GCUGUGGCUAAAGAAUAUCUCAAGGUGGGCGGAGAUGUGUCGAUGGUAGGGGUUUUCACUAUGCUUAGCCAUAGCCCACUAUUGAUGUAUAGGCCGUAUCAGGUUCGAGCAGGCACUUGCGAGAGUGUGUUUCCAUCAUGGGAUGAAAUGGAGAAUAUUUCGUUAGAUAUGACAGUAUCAGAUCUAUAUAGGUUCAGAAUGGACUGCGUGGCCUUUCUGAUGGAUGGUACAGUAGACGCUGCAACGGCUGCCCAACUGCCUCUAAACACAAUAGGGUAUCAUCCCACCAGCACCGCCUUGACUGUUACUGCGCCCAACCAUGAUAUAAACACUAGUAAUAAUACAUAUACACACUCGCAUGUGAGCAUACAACAUUACAUGGGUGGAACAGGUCAACCACAAUACAAUCCCACCGCCAAUGUCAGCAGUGCCCCCCAUGUGAACAACAGAGUGCAAAGGGAUGUCCCUGUUAGUAGACGUAGGUUGCGCGUAGAGAAGACGAAGAACAGCGUCACCACCAAAUGGGUCGUAGAUUUGAACGGUGUAAGGAGGCACGGGUGUACGUGGGAAAACUGUGACAAGUCUUUCACAGCCGCUCACUCUCUUAUGGUUCACAUGCGCUCUCACACUGGCGAACGUCCUUAUGAAUGUCAAUACGAAGGAUGCGAUAGGAAGUUUUACGAUUCAGGGAGCCUUACCAAACACAAUCGGAUCCACACGGGCGUGAAAAAUCAUGCAUGUAAAUGGCCAGGGUGUAAUUUGAGGUUCGCGCAGAAUGCGCACCUGCAGCGACAUGCGUCGAGCGUGCAUGAGAAGAUAAAGCCGUAUCCAUGCCCAUGGACCGAUUGUGAUAGGAUGUUCGCCCGAAAAUCACACAUUAAAUCACACUAUCUUAAACAUACGGGAGAGCGACCGUAUGUAUGUAGUUGGGAGGGGUGCACGCGAACGUUUCAACAAUCUGGAACACUCAAGACACACAUGCGAACACACACGGGGGAGAAACCCUACAACUGUGAAGAUACUGACUGUGAUAAGACUUUUACAUCGGCGAAUGGACUUCGGCAACACCGCAUUCGCCACCACGGGGAUGCAGGUGAACUCGAACCCGAAGAAGAACGAGAGACCGAGCAGGAAGCCCUCUAGUGUCCAGUAUGAAUAGCCUAUAGGAACUUUGAUUACAUUGGUGUCUUACAGCUGCGCCUAAGGUGGCGAAGUAUCCAUUUUGUCGCUUGUAAUAAACAUCAAGUCUUGAGUAGCGAUAGUGCUGCACAUGCCCAGUGUGAUCAAACUACAUAUUAAAAGUGGUCAUUCCCUUUUUGAAUCGGAUAGAGAGAUGACUACAAAGUAAGUAUAUCUCUAGUCCUCCGCAAGUCUAGAUAAAAA